AUGAAUAACAGUGUGACUGAAUUCAUCCUGUUUGGGUUGACACAGGAUGCAAGAAAACAAAAAGCAAUAUUUGGGGUCUUCUUGAUUCUUUACCUUGCAACUCUGAUGGGGAACUUUCUCAUUGUGGUGACUAUUAAGACAAGCAAGACACUUGGGAGUCCCAUGUACUUCCUCCUAUUCUAUCUGUCCUUUGCUGAUGCCUGCUUUUCUACCACCACAGCUCCCAGAUUGAUUGUUGACUGCCUUUCUCAGAAGAAGACAAUUUCCUACAAUGAAUGCAUGACUCAGGUCUUUGCAGCCCACUUCUUUGGGUGUAUGGAGAUCUUUGUGCUCAUCCUGAUGGCUUUUGACCGCUAUGUCGCCAUUUGUAAGCCCCUGCAAUACCCAAUCAUCAUGAGACGUCAAGUAUGUGUGGUGUUGGUGGCUCUGGCUUGGGUAGGAUCUUGCAUCCACUCUUCAGCACAGAUUUUCUUGGCAUCAAAAUUGCCCUUCUGUGGUCCCAAUGUGAUUGACCACUAUUUCUGUGACUUGCAACCCUUGUUGAAACUUGCCUGCAUGGACACUUAUGUGAUAAAUUUGCUAGUUGUUUCUAAUAGUGGGGUCAUAUGCAUGGUGAGUUUCAUCAUCCUUCUUACCUCAUAUGUUGUCAUCUUGUACUCCCUGAGAAACCACAGUGCAGAAGGAAGACGGAAAGCCCUUUCCACAUGCACUUCUCAUUUUAUUGUGGUUGUCAUAUUUUUUGGUCCAUGUAUAUUCAUAUACACAAGGCCACCAACCACAUUUCCAAUAGAUAAGUUGGUGGCUGUGUUUUAUACCAUUGGGACACCCUUACUCAACCCUCUGAUCUAUACACUGAGGAAUGCAGAAGUAAAGAAUGCCAUGAGAAAGUUAUGGUGUAGCAAAGUAUGA